CCUCUGAGAAGCAGUGAAGAAAAUUAUAGCGUGGUUUUUUCGGUUGAAAAACAAUUAAAAGUGCAACAAACAGUGCGGAAAACACAGUCCGGCCAACUCAGACGUGCAUGCCCCAUCAUCAGCGAUCCGCGAGUCCAGCGAAGAGAUAUUUUGAUUCCCCCAGCCUGAAAGUGUCACCGCCAAGACGUACGUGCGAAAAAUGUUUUGGGACAAGGGUUAUGCGCCCUCCGCGAAUAUAGAGGCGCUACUGGAGAAGGAGAACUCGACGCUGGAGGAGUUCCUGGACGAGGAGGACAUACUGCAGGAGUGCAAGACGCAAAAGAAGAACCUGGUCAACUACUUUACACGUCCCGAGGUCAUCCGCCGGCUGGUGGAGCUGAUCACGACCGAGCCCUCCGAGGAUGUGCCCAUGUCGCAGAGGUUCCGCUAUGCCAACAUGUCCUGUGAGAUCCUCACACUCGGCCUGCCGUCCCUGGAUGAGAAGCUACUGACCGACGCGGAGACGCUGCAGCUGCUGUAUUCAUAUCUGGAAAAGGAACCACCGUUAAAUCCAUUGCUAUCGUCGUUUUUUAGCAAAACGUUUAGCAUGCUCUUUACCAAAAAGCCUGAACAAGAUUGGUUUUUGUAUCAACACAUGUGCCUACAACUCCUGGAGUAUAUUAAAUCGCAGAAGACCUUUUUGGAUUUCAUUUGUAAACACUUUGACACACCGGUCAUACCUGAUCUAAUAAUGCAGAUGAUGAAGGACAUCGAGGGUGGUCAACUCAAGCGUAACCUAUUCGAAUGGCUAACUGAAGAUAAAAUUGUUGAGAGACUGAUUGCAAUAUUGCGUAAUCCUCAAGAGACCGACAAACAUGCAAAUGUUGCCGACUUUUUCUGUGAUCUUAUUAACCAAGGGCGCCUGAUGCGCCAAACCGAGCAGGAGAACGAUUCGUUCGAGCCGGCCUUCGAUGGCUCCAAUCCCAUACUGAAGACGAUCGAAUCCGCGGACACAAUUGAAGCCUUGUUAAAUGUGAUUUUGGAACCAAACGCUCAGGAGAGCGCCAUCUUGUCAGGAAUUUCGGUUGUACUUACGCUCAUCAAGCCAAUUACCUUCACAGAUGAGCCCAACUCGGAUCGCCAGCGGCUGUUGCAGAAGCGCGAGCGGGAAUUCCACCAGGAAGUGCAGGAGACUGUGAUCACUGUGAUGGCGCCACGCCUUCAGGAAUUUGUCCACAUACUAAAGAACCCGCCUGCGAAACCCACGCUGGAAACAACGGCCGCCGUGUUGACGCCCCCCUUUGGCAAGACCCGACUGCAAGUGUGCCGCGUGUUCACCGCCCUGCUGGAGACCAAGCAUGAGACCAUUCAGCAGGCCAUCUGCGCGACCGAGUACUUCAGCCUGUUGCUGGAGUUCUUCAAGCAGUACUGCUGGAACAACUUCCUGCACACCGAAAUGGAGAAGGCUCUGCAUGUGGUCUUCUACAACGAGCUGUCCAACAACAACACUGCAUCCACGGAGGUUACCGACUUCUUCACCGCCGACUGCCUGAUCAAUGCCUUCCUGAAAGUGGGCACCGAGGAGUCCGAGGUGGAGAUGAAGAACGCCUUGAACGAUGCCAAGCGGGCGGAGGGCGGCAGGGAGGGGGAGGACCAAGAAGGCGACAUUGAAAUCGAGGUGGCAGCUGCGCAGGAAGCGGCUGCCCAGGCACAGGAUGAGCAACAGGAGGAACAAGCUGCCCAAGUGGAAGUUGCCGCCGAAGCAACUUCCCCUGAGGGAGCAGAAGAACCUAAAGCCCAGGAAAAUCAUGUGGAGCAUAGUGAGAUAGAUGGUGAAUCUCCAGCAGAUCAGCAGGAAGCGGAGCCAACGCUCAAUGAUCUCGACAAGACCAAGACGGUGCCCAGUGCUCCGCCCUCCGAAAUGCAAACACAUUUGAUUGUAAAUUGUCACUUGGUAUCCAAACUGGUCGAUUUUUGGCAGCACAAUGCGCAGGCGCAAUCUGCUGAGAAGGGUCGACGUCUGGGUUACAUGGGCCACCUUAUUAAAAUUCUGCGUCACAUUACAAAUUGUAUAUCAGAAUCUGAACAUAUCGCCGACCUGAUCGCCACCAGCCUAAGUGAUGAAGCCGAGCUGAAGCUCUGGCAAGCACUGAUCGAUGCGGAAGCUGGUGAAUUUACGCUGGCCGUCAAGCAGCAGACCAAACUGCUGGCCGACUGCAAUCCGCACGAGGAGAACGAGUACAAUGUGGGCUCCAAGGACUAUAUGGGCGAGACGAAUGCCUGGGACAUUGGAACGCUUUCGUACAGCAACAUGGGCUACAGCGAUCUGGACAACACGCUGCAGGACAUUGUCUUCACUAUGGACAAUGAUCAGAAUCUUUUCCAGUUCGGUCGAAACAUUGACGACGAGGACGAUGACGAUGAUGAGCAUGGCGACCACUCGGGCGGUGGCGAUGGCCAUGGCCACGGCAUGUUCACCAAGAACUCGAUCACGCUUAACAAUCUGGCGGAUCCCUGGGACAUGGACGUCCAGUUCUCCGACAUUCCCAGCGUGUCGGCGCAGGUUAACACGGGCACCGCCAACUGGGGCACGGACUUCAAUGCCGACAACUUUGCCGACUUUGAUGCGCACUUCAGCACCUUUGGCAGUGAUCUCGGGAUGCCCUCGAGAGCGCCGCCGCCUUGCGAUGACGAGGAGGAGGACUCACCACCACCACCAGCAGCUUCGGCAUCUGCCGGCGAAGUGGAGCCACAGGAGGAGCAAACACCCGCUGAAUCUAUUGACAAGAUUGUCCAGGAUAAUAUUGCGCGCAGCGACGAUCAGCAGGCUGAGUACGACAAUAAUGCCAAUGUGGAGAAGGCCAUCAGCGAUAAGCUGGCCGAGUCGAGUGUCGUGGAGACCGCAUCGAUUGUCACCCGACUGCAGUCUGUGCUGCUGGACGGCGAGGAGGACUACGAGGACGAUGAGGGCAUGUGGACCAAGCCCUUGGGUGCGGAUCGUCCCACGGAGACCGAGCAGACUACGCCCAUUUCAAAUGGACCAACGAGCAAAAUUAAUGAAUUCAAUCAUGCCAACGAUAACAGCAGCAGCAACGUGGAUGGCCACGAAGCCAACAUCACAGCGGAGCAGCAGAAAUUGGCCGCCGGCGCCAAGACGAACAAUGUAGAAAUUGCAACUACGACCACAUAAAUGCACUCUCUCACCACACCACACAUCAUCCAUCCUCCAACCGCAAUUGUAUAGCAUAUAAUGUGUCGACGAAAACUGUAAAAAUGCCUUUGAUUUGCUCUUUGGUCAUUCUUAUACAUAAUCAUGCAUACAUAUUUAUAUAAAUAUAUACCACAUACUACUACUAUACGUACAUAUAAAAACCACAGGCUGCAUAGUACAACAAACGAUUUGUGUAUUAGCGAAAAGGCCGAAGCCCGCCCAAAACCAAAAUGAAAAUUAACAAAAAAAAAACAAAAACCAACAAAAAAAAAAAACGACAAAAAAAAUGUUCAAAGUGAAAAGUAUGUUGUUGAUUCCUUCUGCUCCUCGCUCGUAUUGCCAAUUAUUUUAAUUAUUAAUCUUCCUUCAUGUUUCCUAAUUAAGUGAACUGUAUUUUGUUUGUAAUUUGUAUUAGUCUGUCGUUUUAGUACGCUUUUACUUUCAAUACUCUCAAUGUGUUAGGCAACCUAUGAGCAUUACUUAAAGUACCAAAAUUCACGCAACGUCUUAGAAUGCUUAGUUUAUAUUUGUAUUGUAUUUGUUUUAGCUCGAUCAGAUGAGGAUUAUCUACCUAUUCAUAUGACAUAUAUAUAUAUACCUAUAUUUACACACA